AUCCUUUAUGCCAUCACGCAAACAGAUGGAAAUAAUAGUUUCAACUGAUUGCAGAUUCGAUAAAAGGCUUUUGGUGCCUGUCGUGUGGUCGCAGUUUUCGGAAGCCGUCGUUCUGGAAGAAUCAAACAGCAACAUGUUGGUUUCCACAUGGGCAGUUACCAAUAUGAUUGGCAUAUUUUCGGUUCUCAUUAGGCUGAACUUGCUGAGUGGAACUUUCAUAUCUCCUAGACCCGAAUAUACUCUCGGUGGAAUGUUGACUGGCAAUGGUCAUAUAGCUUCGGAUGGAUUCUAUUCCGGAGCACCUAGUGGAGUACCUGAAGGAAAUGGUGGAACAUUCGUGUUUCCCGGACCGAAUGAUAGACGGGCAGCGUUUUUCGGGUUGUUGAAGCUACCAUACAUCAUAUGCUAUCACGCAGCAUAUGGCAAGUGGCCAAAUUUUCCUCCACAGUUACAGGCUGCAGUACUAGAUUUGGGAAGACACGUUUUCGCAAUGAACGACUACGGGCUGAGAAACUACUGUAGUAAAUAUUUUCGCGUAACAAAAGUACAUCGACCUUGUUGUGCUACAUCCGUAUUCCCUGUAGUAAUCCAGUCUACAUCGGGCCACGGUCAAGUGAGCUCCGGUGAUCUUCCUACUGGCAACAAAAACCCUGGGAAACGAGCAACUCCUGCUCCAGAUGCUGAAGUGAUUCCUGAAUUAGAACCGGAAAACGAAGAUGAAGCGUAUGCCGACGAACCUUCUACGGAUUCGGAGGACUUCGAUACUGCGGAGCGUUUAGUUAGGAAGGUACAGCACGGCUCGAAAUGUCAAGGAGUUUCCGGAAGUUGUAUGCCCAAAACGGUUUCUUUCGUACCGUUGAGUAAUUCUGCCAACGGGAAACAACAUGAGAAGGAUGUGUUUGAAAAGAAGAAACCAUCCACUAAUGUUGACGGAAAAGUAGGAAGCACUGGAAUUCCUAAGUAAGAAAAAGUGAUAGGCCAAUUCCAAUGAUCAAAUAUAUUAUUGAUGUAUUGAUGCUGUU